AUGCCGCACCAGGUGCGAUAUCACGAGCCCAAGUGGUGGAAAGAAAGUGUUGUGUAUGAAAUCUAUGUUUCCAGCUUCAAAGAUUCCAACAAUGACGGAAUCGGUGAUAUCCCUGGCAUCAUCUCCAAGCUGGGUUACCUUCGGGACCUAGGAGUGGACAUCAUCUGGGUCAGUCCUCACUACAAGAGUCCGCAAGUCGAUAUGGGGUACGAUGUCGCCGAUUACCAGAAGAUUCACGAACCUUACGGGUCAAUGAAAGACGUUGAUACCCUCAUAGAGCGAACUCAUGCCCUGGGAAUGAAAAUCAUCUUCGACCUCGUUAUCAAUCACUCGUCGGAUCUCCACCCCUGGUUUGAGGAGUCGCGGUCAUCAGUCGACUCCCCCAAGCGAGAUUGGUACAUCUGGCGCCCUGCCCGAUAUGAUGCGGCAGGAAAGCGCCAUGCUCCAACCAACUGGCGAAGCAAUUUCGGAGGCCCGACCUGGACCUGGGACGAAAAGACCCAACAGUAUUACUUCCAUAUCUAUGCGCCCGAGCAGCCCGAUCUCAAUUGGGAGAAUCCGGACUGUCGACGCGCCCUCUACGACACAACAAUCAGAUUCUGGCUCGAUAAGGGCAUCGAUGGCUUUCGCGUUGACACUGUGAAUCGCUAUUCCAAGCGUAUGGACUUUGUGGAUGCUCCCGUUACCGACCCUGCCGAUGAGACCCAGCUGGCCUUCCACAAUUUCACAAACGGGCCCCGCAUUCACGAAUAUAUUUCGGAAAUGCGAGCGGUACUCGAUGAGUACGACGUCUUCACUGUAGGAGAGCUUCCCAAUACUCCGGAUGAAUCCGACGUGAUGCGAUUUAUCUCGGCUCAAGCAAAGCAAGUCGACAUGGUUUUCAACUUUGAUACAGUAUAUCUUGGUCAAACCCCAGGUGAUCGCUUCAGACAGCAGGAUUUUACCAAGAAAGACUUCAAGCGGGAGCUGACCAAGUGGCAAAAUGUGAUUCGGGACACGGAUGCCUGGACGACGGUUUUUCUUGAGAACCAUGACCAAGGCCGAUCUGUUUCUCGUUUUCUAUCAGAUGACCCGGCCUAUCGCAUCCAAGCAGCCAAGAUGUUGGCCUUGGUGCUUGGAACGAUGACGGGCACCCUCUUUCUAUACCAAGGUCAGGAAAUUGGUAUGGUUAACGCACCGUCUUCCUACCCUGUUGAAGAGUACAAAUGUAUUCGCUCGGUCAACCAUUACAACAAAAUUCGGCGGCAGACUGGUGGUGACCCUGCGGCUUUGGAACAAGCGUUAAAUGCACUUCAAAAGGUUGCCCGAGACCAUGCCAGAGUGCCAAUGCAAUGGGACGACUCCGCCAACGCAGGUUUUUGCGCUGCUUCCGUCACUCCAUGGAUGCGCGUGCUGGACACUUAUCGUGAAAUCAAUGUUACCAGUCAGAUAGGCAACAAAGGAAGUGUCCUCGAGUUCUGGAAGACCGUGAUUCGAUUCAGGAAGCAGUACAAGGGUCUCGCAAUUUAUGGGCGAUUCCGGCCGAUUGAUCAAAAUGAAGAUGUGCUGACCUUCAUCAAGGAAGACACCGAUGGCAAAGUCUUACUCACGGUCGCGAACCUGAGCGACCAGCCACAACUGUGGUCGCUUCCAUCGUCUUAUCCCAGGUUGAAGCCAUCUAACCUCGCACUAAGUACUCUUUCACAAGUGGUUGGCCACUCUAGCCUGGCCGCCUUUGAAGGAAGAGUUUAUGUCUCAGACGUCCUCUGA